AAGCACGGCCUCCUCAAAAUAAGAAAGAAAGGUGCGUUCCUCGAGGAUUUGUAUCACUUGUUGACCCGCAUGGUCUUAAGCGAUAUUUCCACCUUGACGUGGUGCGGUGCCACGGUUCAUUCGGGAUGCGGACAGUCUGUACAUUGGCUCUAAUUACUGAAUUCCGCUGAAAGUGAUAGGACCGAAGCAACUCAUACAAAAUAGGACACCACGUCUCUGUCCAAACGUGCUUAGCAUGUGAUGUUUCCGUUUCUGACAGACGGCAGCAGUGGCCCACGCUCGUGUGUCAACGGGAGCGGCAGCAGCAUCUAUGGCUCGUCUACGGCGCCUAGUGGCGGCUCAGGCCGGCUGAAGUGUGUGGUGUGCAGGCGGGGCUUCAACUCACGAAGCAACCUGCGUUCGCACAUGCGCACACACACGCUGGAGAAGCCCUUCGCGUGCAAGUUCUGCGGCCGCUCGUUCAGCCAGUCCUCGACGCUUAGGAACCAUCUGCGGCUGCACCCCGGUGAGCGACCGUACAAAUGCCUGGUGUGCCAGCGUGCCUACAGUCAGUUGGCGGGACUGCGUGCUCACCAGCGCAGUGCUCGGCACAGGCCUCAGAGCGGCGCUCCUCCUGGCAGGGAGUUUGGCGACGAGGGAUGUGGUCGUGACGAAGUCAGGUCCCGGAGAGGGCCGCUGCCUGAGGUGCCCACUCGGAAGGAACAGGCCCUGCCCUUGUGCCGACCCCAAGGACCCGCGACAGCGAACCCAUUGCAUAGCUCCCUGCUCUCUGUUCUGACCGCUCUCACCUCUGCUACUAAGAGGGCGCCAAGUUCUAGCAGUUCAACAUCGAGCAGCAAGGUUUAUUCUAUCACGUUACUCUCGCACAGAUUCUGUCUCCGAAAUGCUCGGUUUGCUGAACUUGCCUACGCUCGCUGA